AUGCCACGUGGGCACUACCCUCAGGUGGGCAUCGCAGUGAGCUGUGAGGACCUGUUCAGUAACUGCCAGUGGAACGUGUGUAAUGCCUUUGCCAUCUCUGUGGCGCGACGCACUGAGGCGGGGAAGGUGAGGGCUGAAGAUCGAGAAGGAGUAAUGGAAAAAGAGAGAGAGAGCACCCAUCUUGGUUUGACAGUGUUGGACGUAUCAACCACAUCAAUAUGUCAUGCUUCAAUAGGAGGACACACACCGCCCACCAACAUUCUGUGUGUGUGUGUGUGUGUGUGCGUGUGCAGAUGCAGCUGAAGCAAGUGAUUCCGCGGACACAGACGGAGCAGAUGGAGUACAGCAUCGCGGCAGAGAGGAGGAGGAUGAGACUGAUCCACGCUGAGAUCAUCAAAGACCUACUGAGCAGCAGCACAGCUCAACUAGGUACAGUACACACAGGAACCAUUGGAACUAAGGAAUGGAGUUUUUCCUUACAUGACCUGACUAGGAAGGUCACAAAAUGCUUUAGACGUCCAAUUCCCCUCUUAUCUCUAAUGUAAAAUAACUGCCCUUAUCAGUGGUAGUCACACCCAUGCCACACCCUGUUGUGUAGUGCAGUUGCAUUACGCUCUUGUGUGUGUGUGUGUGUGUGUGUGUGUGCGCAUGCCUGUGUGUGUGUGUGCCACCAGGUGAGUGCCAGGAGUAUGAGGAUGCAGUGCCAGCCGAGCGGACGCAGGUAGAGAGCGUGGAGCUGGUGCUGCCGCCCCAUGCCAACCACCAGGUCAGCACCUUCGGGGGCCAGAUCAUGGCCUGGAUGGAGAACGUGGCCACCAUCGCAGCCAGGUGAGUCCCUGUAUGUCUGUGACCUGCCAGUCCAGGUUUCUUAUUGUGUCAAAAUGUGGAUGUAGUUGUAGUAGAAUGAGUAGAUUGGUCACAAAUGGGUUGAGCCUCUGUAGAAGAAGUGAGAUGGACUAAUAGUCUCCCUCCCUCCCUCCCUCCCUCUCUGUUUCUCUCUCUCUCCCCCCUCUCUCACUCUUUCUCUCUCGCUCUCUCUCCCUCUUUCUCUCGCACACAUCCAUUCUCCAGUCGUCUGUGUAGUGCCCACCCCACUCUGAGGACCAUAGACAUGUUCCACUUUCAGGCUCCGUCUCACAUUGGUGACCGACUGGUGCUGAAGGCCAUUGUUAAUAAUGCCUUCAAGAACAGGUGAGGAGGAGUUAGUCUGAAAAGUACACUGAACAAAAAUAUAAACGCAACAUGUAAAGUGUUGGUCACCUGUUUCGUGAGCUGAAGUAAAAGAUCCCAGAAAGGUUCCAUACGCACAAAAAGCUUAUUUCUAAAAAAAAUGGUGCACAAAUGUAUUUAUUUACACCCCUGUUAGUGAGCAUUCUUCUUUGUAAAGAUAAUCCAUCCACCUGACAGGUGUGGCAUAUCAAGGAGCUGAUUAAAGAGCAUGAUCAUUAAAUAGGUGCACCUUGUGCUGGGGACAAUAAAAGGCCACUCUAAAAUGUGCAGUUUUGUCACCUAACACAAUUCCACAGAUGUCUAAAGUUUUGAGGGAGCGUGCAAUUGGCAUGCUGACUGCAGGAAUGUCCACCAGAUCUGUUGGCAGAGAAUUGAAUGUUCAUAUCUCUACCGCCUCCAACGUCAUUUUAGAGAAUUUUGCAGUACGUCCAACCGGCCUCACAAUCGCAGACCAUGUGUAUGGCGUCGUGUGGGCGAGCGGUUUGCUGAUGUCAACAUUGUGAACAGAGUGCCCCAUGGUGGCAGUGGCGUUAUGGUAUGGGCAGGCAGGGAUAAACUAUGGACAACGAACACAAUUGCAUUUUAUCGAUUGGCAAUUUGAAUGCACAAAAAUACCGCAACGAGAUCCUGAGGCCUAUUGUGAGGCCCUUUUUGUUGGGGGGGGGGGGUUAUCUGUAACCAACAGAUGCAAAUCUGUAUUCCUAGUCAUGUGAAAUCCAUAGAUUAGGGCCCAAUGAAUUUAUUUAAAUUGACUGGUUUCCUCAUAUGAACUGUAACUCAGUAAAAUUGUGGAAAUUGUUGAAAUUGUUGCAUCUUACGUUUAUAUUUCUGUUCAGUAUAGCUACUGGACUAACAACAAACAAGAAAUGGGAAACUGGUCUGAAUACCUAUUUAAAGGGUCUGAAUACCUAUUUAAAUGUGAUAUUUCUUUUUUUAUUAUUAUUAAUACAUUUGCAAACAUUUCUAAAAACCUGUUUUUGCUUUGUCCUUAUGGGGUAUUGUGUGUAGAUUGAUGAGGGGGAAAAAACUAUUUAAUCAAUUUUAGAAUAAGGCUGUAACGUAACAAAAUGUGGAAAAAGUGAAGGGGUCCGAAUACUUUCUGAAUGCGCUGUAUGUGUACAUUUAUUUUGCAACGCUCACGCACGCAACGCGGCCAGCAUGUUAUGUGGUCAGCAUGUUAAGUGCUUAGCGGAACGUUCCACUUUGAAUAUCCCGCGUGUACUAAGUAGGCAAGCCAUAUUUUCUACUGGGCGUAACAAAGACCAACACGCACAAAGCAUUUUCAGAGGGUUUUCUGUUUUUGGUAACGCAAAAGUAAUGUAACGACUAACGAGUUACUUUCCACAGUAAGUAACGGUGUAACGUAACGACUUACUUUUAAUGGCAAAAGUAACAUUCCCCAACACUGGUUAUGACUAGCUAUGACUUUGUUGUUACUAGCUCUAACUAGUUACUACUUGGGGCUUUGUUAUAACUAGUUGUAAGUAACUAGGCUGUGACUAGCUGUGUCUAGUUGUGACUACUUGUGACUGUGUUAUGACUAGCUGUGACUUUGUUGUGACUAGCUCUAACUGUUGUGACUACAGGCCUGUUCAGCGGGGACAUUGACAUGAGUCUCUACCUUAAAACAAAGCAUUUGGUUCUCCUCCAGCGUGUACAGACUGACCUGGGAACAGAUCAGGAAGGAGUGGGUUAAACCAUUUAAAUUACUAUAGAACCUUUAUGGGUUAAAGCAGAGCCUUGUAGGGUUCUAUUCAUUUACUACUACAUACAUCAUUAUAUCAUCAACAUUUAGUGCAAGUGGAAAUGUUAUAUGUAGCUCCUUUAAGAAAGCGGUUGACUUGUUCCACAUUGCUUCCAUCCAACUUAAUCUGAAUAUGAAAAUACUCACUAUGACUGUGCAUUUUCAGCUGGCCUUAGAAAGUCAUGACUUUAUUAGACAGUAGGGAGGAGAGGGGAGAGAGCAGGAAACAAACAGUCCUAUAAGUUUUUUCUAAUUUGUUUAAUAACGUUUAUAAUGAUUGAUGCCUUUACGUUUAACUGUUCCACAAACAAGACUUACCUUGUUUUUCUCAGAGCUCAACAUCCAGUUGCUUUGAGCAGCCAUUAUUUUCAGUGCAGACACAUUGUUGUAGCUGAAGUACAUCUGAUAAAUGAACCGGUUUGGAUUCCUCUGAGUAACUGUGUGUGUGUGUGUGUGUGUGUGUGUAUACGUGUGUGUGUGUGUGUGUGUGUGUGUGUGUGUGUGUGUGUGUGUGUGUGUGUGUGUGUGUGUGUGUGUGUGUGUAUAUAUAUAUAUAUAUAUAUAUAUAUACACAGUGGGGAGAACAAGUAUUUGAUACACUGCCGAUUUUGCAGGUUUUCCUACUUACAAAGCAUGUAGAGGUCUGUAAUUUUUAUCAUAGGUACACUUCAACUGUGAGAGACGGAAUCUAAAACAAAAAUCCAGAAAAUCACAUUGUAUGAUUUUUAAGUAAAUAAUUUGCAUUUUAUCGGCAGUGUAUCAAAUACAGUACUUGUUCUCCCCACUAUAUAUAUAUAUAUAUAUAUAUAUAUAUAUAUAUAUAUAUAUAUAUAUAUAUAUAUAUAUUUGUGUGUUUGUGUGUUUGUGUGUGUGUGUGUGCUUUGUCUUACCUGGUUGCUGAAGUCCCAGGGUACAGACAGAGGCACCUCCGUUAGCUUGCAGGAAAUAAUGUACUUCCUGUAAACAUAUAGUGAUCUCAUAACAGAUGAGAUCGCAACUUUAGAGUUUUCAUAAAACUAGUCAAAUGGAAAGACACACGGCACAACUCUAUGGUUUAACCCUUACUCUAACCAUAAACCUAACCCUACCGUAACCGUAGCAAGUGGUUGCAUAUCAACAGAGUUACAAUUGAUAGUUGGUUGAUAGUGUGAGCAUCUGUAGAUCAUCUAUAGGGGACUGUCCAAAUAAAGUGUGACCGGGAAUACCACAGUGAUGAUUUUGCCUCCCUUCUUCCCUCCUCUCCUCACCUGUCCAGGCGGAUUUUCUUCCUAGCGAUAGCCUCCUUGUAGCGUCUCUUCCCAUCCUGAGAAUGAAAUAAUGAAGUGAAUUUGGGACCUGGCGUCCACCGUUAGGAAAUUGGAUGAGCAGAGCCAUGCGUCUCUUGACAUUACUCAAUAAACUACCGUAAUUGCAUUUCUCAAUCUACAUUAUAAAAUGGUACAUUUGGAUCCUGGAUGGCGACUGGUUGAUAGCUGUUAUUUAUUCACGAUAGUCUACAGGUAAUGCCUGUUAACAGUUCCAUUUAAGUUAUCAAGGUGCAUCUUCUGUUCCACAGCCCAGCCAGGCAAUUCAUAAACUUUAUCUCCACAUGAAAAAAGUGUCUCAACAUUAUUUCCCCAUGCUUCUAGCCUAGCAUUUGGUUUCCAACUGUGCUGCCUGCCUCUCCGACCUCUGCAAUAAUGUUGCAAAUUACAAAUGUGAUCUCCAUCGUGCCAUAGAGAAUGAACAUGUCCGGAUGAGACAGACUGCUUCUCUGAGCCAGGCGAAUUCAUGCAUCAGCAUCCUUAUUGUGGAUACAUCCAAAGAAAUGGCAAUAGAAACAAAAGUAAAACAAAUGAAAAUGCACAUAGUCUGCUGUCAUUUUAGCUGCUCGAUGUGAUUGUGUUAGCUUUACUUGGCUAGCUAGCAAAGGAGAAGUGCCAGCCUGCAUAGCAACCUUUUUCGCUUAGAAUGGACGACGACCCAUCCACUUGGCUAGCAAUCAUGCCAAUAGAAUGGACGACCAGUCUGCUUGGCUAGCAACCUCAGAAAUUUUGUCCAGACUAUAUCGCCUGGUGGAAGGAUUAAAUAAAAAUAAUUGUCUCAUUAAAAUAACAUUUGUAAUGAAAGAAUGUCGUUAAUCUUUAUAAAAAUAUGUUGGUAACCGUUUGAUAAAAGCAAUAAGGUAGUCGAACCCAUUAAUUAUGGUGAAUAACACACUCCUAACGGUUAUUUCCCUAAUUACAGCCCUUAGCCGUGUGUUUUAACUAUUAUAAACUGGGUGGUUCGAGCCCUGAAUGCUGAUUGGCUGACAGCCAUGGUAUAUCAGACCGUAUACCAUGGGUAUGACAAAACAUUUAUUUUUACGUUGGUAACCAGUUUAUAAUAGCCUCAGGGGUUUGUGAUAUAUGGCCACGGCUAAGAAAGUGGUAUAUUGGCCAUAUACCACACCUCCUAAGGCCUUAUUGCUUCAUAAUCCACUGGUUCUCAUGUCUUAUUGCUUAAUUGACCUCCAUACACAUAUACACACCUGCAUGCACACUUUCUUGCACAUACACAUACACUCUAUCUCUCUCACACACAGACGCUAAAAUAGAACUUGGUUCUAUUUUUCACACUUGAAGCGCUGCAAGUCCCGCCUCGCCCAUCUCCUCAGGAUCAUAUACCACGUGGGUGAUUGAAAGAUGAACUGAGGUCCACACUCCAGUCCAGCUGGUGGUGGUAAUGUACCUUAAAGUUGGUUGCCAACUGCCAGAUAAAGUCCACAGAAGACUGAAAGAGGAGAGAUUACUAGAAACUAACUAGGUUUCCCCUUUUAUCUGUGGAUUAAUUGUCAGAGUAGAGAACACACGAUUUUGUGUGACUCAAAAUGGGUCAAAAUUCUACAAAGAUCCAGAAAAAAAGGACCUUGUGCAUUUCAGGUAAAACAACAACCCAAUGUUUAUAUCCCAGGACAAAUUAUCUAGCAACAGCAAGCUAGCUAGUUAAAUGUCCAUGAAUGUUUCAUGUGUUUCAACCUGUCCCCAAAUUAAUAUAGUUGGUUGAGAGUUCGUUUUGAUAUUUCAACCUGUGUGUCCUGAUGGCGUCUGGUGUGGAUGGACAAAACCAACAUGCGCACGAUGGUGGACACACGUGCAUGCCCGGUCUAGUCAGCAUGUAUAGAGUAGCUCAAGACCGAGAUAUAUGUCAGAUUUCCUAAUAGCCUAGUUGUUUCAAUAGUUUUAGUAAAUUGAACCGUGUAUUUUGGAAUAAACAGUGUCUUAUUUUUUUUGGCACAUUAUUAUUUGGCCUUCGUAGUUCAGCAGCCUAUAUUGAAAUGUAACUGUUCCACAAAAAAUGUGUGAUGGAGGAGAAAUGUAUACACAUUAUGAUAAUAAAGAAAGAUGUAUAAAUAAUAGCUUACGUCCAAGUGUUCUAACGAAAUUCCAUAUUAAACUAUCGAAAUGUAUGAUGAGUGCAAAGAAAGGUGUUGCAUCACUGUGAUGAGGUGUGAAUGAAGGAGUCAGGCACAGGAGGUAAAACACCGAAGUCCAGAGUUUAUUCCGUUUACAUAAAUAAAACGCACCAAGCGUCAAAACGAAAUUAUCACAAGGGAAAUAUUCCACCUUGGCAAUAACAAAUGGAAGAGUAGCUCAAGCGAGCUACUCGCUCUCACAAAGAAACAAUCACUCACAAAGACAAGGGGAACAGAGGAAACACUUAUACACAUACUAAUUAGCGGAAUGAACACCAGGUGUGUGUGAUUGACAAGACAAGACAUGACAAGUGGAGUGAUGAGAAUGGGAUCGGCAGUAGCUAGUAAGCCGGUGACGACGAACACCGAAACCUGCCCGAACAAGGAGGGGAGGCAGCCUCGACGGAAGUCGUGACAAUCACAACGAAAUUCUAUCUUGAUAAAUCCAAAUCAUCAAAGCAACAUUGUCCAUAAAUCCAAACUAACAUUUAGGCAGAUUUAUUAAAACGAAAUAUACAUAAUAAAGCCACUUAAUACAGGCUACUGACUUGAAAUAUCGACAUGAAAAUUAAAAUAACCUGCGCACUACUGACCACGAAUGCAAACUGUCAAAGUAAUUUGAGUAUUCUAACGCGUUACUUUGUAAUGCGUUACCCCCAACACUGGUCAUAACAGAGUCACAAGUAGUCAUAACUAAACACCGCUAGUUACAACCACGGCGGCAGGUAGCUUAGUGGUUAAGAGCGUUGUGCCAGUAACCGAAAGGUCGCUGGUUCUAAUCCCCGAGCCGACUAGGUGAAAAAUCUGUCGAUGUGCCCUUGAGCAAGGCACUUAACCCUAAUUGCUCCUAUAAGUCGCUCUGGAUAAGAGCGUCUACUAAAUGACUAAAAUGUAAAAAUGAGAACAACUGCCACGGAAGGCCUACCGCCCACCGCAGGUAUUGUUAGGCCCACCGCAGGUAUUGUUAGCAGAAAACAGGAUCCCCCAUUAUAGUAAAUGCCAAUCUUCAUGUAAAAAAACAAUAAUUGCUUCUAAUACACCAGAUGUACAGUAUGUCCUUGAACCGAUUAUUCUGAAAUAGCACACAGAAGGAGUUAUAAGGAUAAUAUGGCAGCCUGCAGUACCCCGGUUGGCCUUCAAUUUGAGUUACUCAGUGAGUAAUGAGUUUCUCAAUGAAAGACCCUCUUAACCGACUUAAUUUGGCUUCAAUGCGCUGUUGAGUCUUCACAUAGGAAUGAAUGGUGUCGUGUGAUCGAUGGCUUUGUCCAUUCAUACAGUGGGGGAAAAAAGUAUUUAGUCAGCCACCAAUUGUGCAAGUUCUCCCACUUAAAAAGAUGAGAGAGGCCUGUAAUUUUCAUCAUAGGUACACGUCAACUAUGACAGACAAAACGAGAAGAAAAAAAAUCCAGAAAAUCACAUUGUAGGAUUUUUAAUGAAUUUAUUUGCAAAUUAUGGUGGAAAAUAAGUAUUUGGUCAAUAACAAAAGUUUCUCAAUACUUUGUUAUAUACCCUUUGUUGGCAAUGACACAGGUCAAACGUUUUCUGUAAGUCUUCACAAGGUUUUCACACACUGUUGCUGGUAUUUUGGCCCAUUCCUCCAUGCAGAUCUCCUCUAGAGCAGUGAUGUUUUGGGGCUGUCGCUGGGCAACACGGACUUUCAACUCCCUCCAAAGAUUUUCUAUGGGGUUGAGAUCUGGAGACUGGCUAGGCCACUCCAGGACCUUGAAAUGCUUCUUACGAAGCCACUCCUUCGUUGCCCGGGCGGUGUGUUUGGGAUCAUUGUCAUGCUGAAAGACCCAGCCACGUUUCAUCUUCAAUGCCCUUGCUGAUGGAAGGAGGUGUUCACUCAAAAUCUCACGAUACAUAGCCCCAUUCAUUCUUUCCUUUACACGGAUCAGUCGUCCUGGUCCCUUUGCAGAAAAACAGCCCCAAAGCAUGAUGUUUCCACCCCCAUGCUUCACAGUAGGUAUGGUGUUCUUUGGAUGCAACUCAGCAUUCUUUGUCCUCCAAACACGACGAGUUGAGUUUUUACCAAAAGGUUAUAUUUUGGUUUCAUCUGACCAUAUGACAUUCUCCCAAUCCUCUUCUGGAUCAUCCAAAUGCACUCUAGCAAACUUCAGACGGGCCUGGACAUGUACUGCCUUAAGCAGGGGGACACGUCUGGCACUGCAGGAUUUGAGUCCCUGGCGGCGUAGUGUGUUACUGAUGGUAGGCUUUGUUACUUUGGUCCCAGCUCUCUGCAGGUCAUUCACUAGGUCCCCCCGUGUGGUUCUGUGAUUUUUGCUCACCGUUCUUGUGAUAAUUUUGACCCCACGGGGUGAGAUCUUGCGUGGAGCCCCAGAUCGAGGGAGAUUAUCAGUGGUCUUGUAUGUCUUCCAUUUCCUAAUAAUUGCUCCCACAGUUGAUUUCUUCAAACCAAGCUGCUUACCUAUUGCAGAUGCAGUCUUCCCAGCCUGGUGCAGGUCUACAAUUUUGUUUCUGGUGUCCUUUGACAGCUCUUUGGUCUUGGCCAUAGUGGAGUUUGGAGUGUGACUGUUUGAGGUUGUGGACAGGUGUCUUUUAUACUGAUAACAAGUUCAAACAGGUGCCAUUAAUACAGGUAACGAGUGGAGGACAGAGGAGCCUCUUAAAGAAGAAGUUACAGGUCUGUGAGAGCCAGAAAUCUUGCUUGUUUGUAGGUGACCAAAUACUUAUUUUCCACCAUAAUUUGCAAAUAAAUUCAUUAAAAAUCCUACAAUGUGAUUUUCUGGAUUUCUUUUUCUCAAUUUGUCUGUCAUAGUUGACGUGUACCUAUGAUGAAAAUUACAGGCCUCUCUCAUCUUUUGAAGUGGGAGAACUUGCACAAUUGGUGGCUGACUAAAUACUUUUUUCCCCCACUGUAUAUACAGUCAUUGGUCACAACAACACAGUUACUUACAACUAGUUAUAACACGGACACAAGUAGUCACAACCAGUCUUUAUCCUUGGAUUGACACAUCCGCUUGGAUUGAAACCUUGUGCCUUUUCCCUUCUGUCCAAUGUAGACAAUGUGAUGUGAUCGUCCAGGCAGAUGAGGAUGACACUAUCUACCGUGUGGCCACUCCAUGUGUCAGUAAGGGGGGAAAGGGCCAGGACUUCAUUCUCAUGGCCUCUAGGAGGAAGCCCUGUGACUCCAGGUAACACUCUGCCUGUCUAUCAUCCAUCCAUGAGCAUCCCGUAAUCACCAGUAUGCAUUUUUGUUGUUGCUUGGUCACUGCUCCCCAAUGCUUCCAUAAUCCUUACAAAUUUCCAAUGGCACUGCAUUCCUUUUCUGUUCUCUCACUGCACCCUAACUGACCCAGAUUUGGUUGUACCCCAAAUGUUACUUGACUGCAUCCCACAGUGCAUUUACACCUUCCAGAUUUCAUGUCCUUGUCAUGUUUUAAUGGUACAAUCUGCCUCUUCUGUCUCUCUCAGGGACCCAUACCUGAUUGCCCUGCGCUCUGUCACCCUGCCCACCCACCUUGCCACUGAGGAAUACACCCGGGGAGAAGUACUCUGUGCCGGCUUCAGUAUCUGGGAGGAGUCCGACUCUGUCACCAAGGUGGACCAAUGGGGCUCUUCGUUAGCUCAGCGAAAAGCUAGCCUGGUCCAAGAUACAUUUGUGCUGUAAAGCCAACUUCUUUGGUCGUUCUCAUGCCAAACAUGACAGUGACCGUAGGAGUUGGCAAGACAGUACAAACAGAUCUAGGACCAGGCUAACUCAGUGCUUUUCUUCUUCACACUGUGUAUGCACCCUUAUUCUAUAAGCUGAUAAUGUGGAAAGCUAUUUGGACCACUGAUCUCAUUGUCUCUGUGUGUUUUGCCUCAGAUCUCCUACUACAACCAGGCCACGCCGGGAGUCCUCCCCUAUAUCUCCAACGACAUCGCAGGCCUUUCUUCCAGCUUCUACGGCACCUUUCACUCCUGCAGCAAGUACCUGGAGGAGAACAGAGACAGCCUGGCCACCCUGCCCCCCCCCCCCCCCCCCCCCCCCCCCCCCCCUCUGUCCUGUCACAAAUGGUACAGUCCUGGAAGCGCUGCCCCUUUGACCUAUGAUAGAAUGGUACCAUUCUCCUGGCCGCCCUGCACCACUCUGGCCUGUGAAAGAAUGGUAUCACCCAGCACCCCUCUGCCCUGUUCCUGCUUCCCCUGCACCCCUACUAAUAUGUGCACUUGGAGAGGACCAGGAUAG